ACGUAUGGUACAAGGAAUGCUUGGAUUUAUCGAGUAUUUAAACGUAGUGAUUGAUAGCGAAACGGAUAGUUUAAUCAAUGUAAAUAAAAAGCUCAGGAGGGCGCUAUCUAAACGAACAAUUAUGACCAUAGAUCAGAAACUGCAUUCUAUGAAUGCAACUGAUGAGGUGAAGGAAGCUGCUAAAGAGUGCCGAAUUAAAACACCAACAAGGGUUGGUAGAUUUGAACUUGCAAGCAAUAUUAAAUCUUCAAAAUAUGCCAAUAAUAAAUACUUUGCAAGCUAUUCCUUUGGAAAAAGGAAUGCUGAUGAAUUGAAACGAGUUCAACCAUUAUCAAAUGAUGACAUUAAACAACCUAAUUUAUCUGCAACAACACCACGACCUUGGUACGAUUUGGCACAGGCGCACAUCCAGAUGAGCGAAGCAGUGACUAAGUCAAAGAUGGACAGCAUCAACACCAUUAACCUUGAUGCCAGUGAUAUAUUAAAGAAGCAAGUAACAAUAAUAGGAGAACAUGCCAUCUGCGUUCUUCGCGGCACUUGUUCAAUCUUCAAAGAAAGUUUUGAGGAACAAUUUAAAGAAUAUUCAGAACUUCACGACGCAUGCUCUAACAAAAUUCCUGAAUGGAAGAAGAACAUUGCUGCUUCAUCCUUCCACCCCGGACUGUCUGAAGAUAUCAAAGAUAAUCCAUUGGUGUUAAAGAGUUCUAGUUCUGAAAGAAAUAUACAUGAGCGAAAGGAAAGAUAUUUUGAUAAGUCAAACAACAGGAGUGAAAGCAGAUAUUGUGCACUGCGAUCGACUCAGUCUCUAAGCUCAAUAGAGAGCUCACAUCGGUGUUUACCGUCUUUACUGGUGCACAAAAAUCUCGAUAAUAUAAAUCGACCGGAAAUGAAGAUUCCUAAAGCAAUCAUUCCAAGAAAGGGCACUAUCAUGCUACACACAGAUCAAAUACAUGAUGUUAAAACAAACGACAAAGGGUACGAUGAGAAAAAACGAUUUAAGCCUGUGCCAAUUUCACACAAAAAGCUGAUGAAUAAGCAAAAAGAGAUACUUGGCAAAGUAUUCAGACCUGCAAAUAUCCCAGAACAGGACCUGGUUAAUUUUCCUAGAACUGUUUUAGAGCUGAGUCACCAGAUUGUAGAAUUCGAGCGUAAACACACCAGAGAUCUACCACCACUGCCAAGACGACAGACCGUCGAAAUGGGUCAGCAGACAUUGACUAAAGAUUCAACUACAAAGGAUAAACUACUAAUGCACUCUUAAAUGAGGCAUCACAAUGAUUCAAUGUAAAAUGAGCAGAACUGACAUGAGCAAUAGACACUGAGAUAAUAAAACUGUGUAUGAAAAUACUGUUUUCAUGUCUCCAAAAUUCAAUUAUGAAAUGACGCGUUCUCAAUACCUAAAAAUCGAGCAUUAAGGCAAAUAAAUAUUACAGAUACUAUCAAAGAACAUAAAUAGCAGAAGAAUGAGUUCUUUGCGUAGUUUACAUUAAAUUUGAUGGAACGUCCACCCUCUCUAGAAUGGAGAAAAAUAAUUUCAUGGAGUGGAGAAAUUAAUGAAAACAAACGAACCAGAGAGUUAUCCAACCGAUCCAACCAAGUAAAGAUAUAGUGCCACCGCUCGAAUGGAGGAAAAUUGGGUAGUUGCUGAAUACAACGCGUUCAGCUGAGGGGGCGUGGCUUCGUAUGUUGGCGUCAUGCAUAACUUCAGCUAUGUUUUAUUAAUCUCCUCGACAAACUGUGGGCCCUGUCUGUAAUCACACAGCAUUGCAAAAUACAGUCCGUACAACUAAUUCCUUCAUGGCACAACCAAUGUAAGAAAAAAUAAGAUUCAGAAUCUUACUACGAUUAGAUAAAUGGACUGUCCCACUUUUCUCACACUUCAUAUAUUAAACGCUGAAAACGUCAUACUUCUGUCACAAAAUGCACGUGUUGGCUAUUUUGUGGGUCUUAGCUCCUAUAUUCGAAAUUAAAGGAAAAUUAUUACAUUUGUGGGUGAAGAUGUCAAGUUUUUUUGUUGCAUUUGUUGGCGAUGAUCGUUAUUGCAUUUGUGGGCACUGUUUGUCACAUUUGUGGUGCUGGUUGUUACAUUUAUCGGCAUUAUUACAUUUGUUGGCGAUGUGUUUUUACAGUGGUUGUUAUUACAAUUGUGGGCGUUUUCACAUUUG